GAUCAAGGGCUGUGGAGGACGGAGGGUUUAAAUACCAGGCAGAUCACAGAGGUGCUGUGAGCUCUGCAGAGACAUUUAAAUGGAUUCUGGAUCCAAAUUAAACAUUUCCAGCUUUACAAAGCAGAAAGAAGAGUUUUUGACUUUUACUCUCAGGAACCGUUGUUCUUCAUUCAGGUGCAGCGGCAGAUCUUGACUAUCAGCAGACCUCCAGAGGGGGCACAUUGGGGUUUCAGAGCCCAGUGUGUGCAGCAGUGCUAUGGGCAAGAAGGACAACGAAUAUGGGUCUUUGAGAGACGCUGAUGACCCAACAACAGACUACCAGACGACAGGCGACAGAAAGACUGGAAGCUUCGAGCUCUGCGGCUCCUUAGAAACUAACUCGCCUGACGACAACUCGCUCCAGCUUCAAUCGGCUUUUCUUGGCGACAGCGCUGUCAAUCCCGCUGAAGAUGAUGAUGAUGAUGAUGAUGAUGGAGGGAAGAAGAGUCACGAGGGAGAGAGCUGUGAUGAGGAUGAAGAGGGUCACCUGGUCUAUCACGUCGGCCUCCUGAUGAAAGGAAGAUAUGAGGUGGUACUUACUUUGGGAGCAGGAGCCUUUGGAAAAGUGGUGGAGUGCAUCGACAGAGACAAAGACCAACACGUCGCCGUGAAGAUCGUGAGAAACAUCGAGUGUUUCCGUGAAGUGGCGAAGUCUGAGAUCUCCGUGCUGGAGGAGAUCAACACGCUGGAUGACGACAACAGAUUUGCCUGUGUGAGGAUGCUGGACUGGUUCGACCACGAGGGUCACACGUGCAUCGUGUUCGAGCUGCUCGGCCUCAGCACCUUCGACUUCCUGCGCCUGAACGACUUCCUGCCGUUUGGCGUGGAGCAGAUCCGACACAUGGCCUUCCAGCUCUUCAGAGCCGUCUGCUUCCUGCAUCGUAACCACCUGACCCACACAGACCUGAAGCCGGAGAACAUCCUGUUCGUCUGCUCCGACUACGACCUGGAGUUCAACCACGAGACGAAGUGUGAGGAGAGGAAGCUGAGGAGUCUGGAUGUGAAGGUGGUGGAUUUUGGCACCGCCACAUUCGACCACAAACACCACGAAUCCCUGGUGUCAACACGCCACUACCGAGCUCCAGAAGUCAUACUGGAUCUGGGUUGGAACCAGUCGUGUGACGUUUGGAGUUUGGGCUGCGUUCUCAUGGAGUUUUACCUGGGACACACACUCUUCCAGACCCACGACAGUAAAGAACAUCUGGCCAUGAUGGAGAGAAUCCUAGGACCGAUUCCCCUCCACCUGCUGAAACAGACCAGCUGCUGGUGGCAGAUAGUGACACAGUGUGUGCCUUGUGGUUGCCGAUAGUCGGCCUCAACAGCGACGGGUUGAGGGUUUCUCCACCAGAAGCACCGGCUUGAGUCAGCACGGGUGCCUGCGGGUCAAACCUCCCUGGGACACCUGGUGGUCCAGCGGCCAGUGUCCCGCCCUUAAAGCAGGAAAACAUGGCCGCCAACUGCAGCCGCACCUCCUUUUGCCAGAAGGCGUACACCACAGGGUUAAUGAGGGAGUUGGACAGCCCCAACAGCCACAGAUGAUUCUCCAACACGCUGGUGAGUUUGCAGCUUUCACACAAAACGUGCACUAUGCACACCACAAAGAAGGGGCACCACAGGGCCAAGAAGCAGCCCACCAGCACCCCCACCGUCCUCAGGGCCUUGACAUGGCUCCAGUAAUGGCUCCUCAGCUGCUGGUGCUGGUGCUGGUGGUGAUGCUCGUAGUGUUGAUGGUUUUCCGUCCUGGAACCAGCUUGCCUAACUUGGCAGAUCUGCUUCUGGUGGCUGCAGGCGAUCUUCAGGAUGUCCAGGUAGAUGUAAAGGAACACGGAGAGCACGGGGAAGAAGCAGGCGCUGAAUAGCACGAUCAUGCCCACCUUGUGGAUGACGGAGAAGAAGCCACAGAAGCCGUCGUACCCGUCCGCCUGCAGCUGCCGAACCAUGACUGAGGAACAGAGGGCAUUGGUUAUUUGGGAUAUGACACUCUAGAAAACCAUCCUCAAAGUCCAUCAACAUGCUGAUAAACCUCCAAACUCAUGGAUGUAUUCCUCAAACUUGACCUUUUUUUUUUACAUCAGUUGCAACACGCUGUGCUGUUUUCGGUCUUAACGCCAGCUUCCUUUACCGUAACACACCAUUAAUUAAUUAAGAAGUUGUAUGUCUUUCGUACAACUGCGAAUGAAGUUACUAAUUUUUCAUGUUUUUUCCGAUGAAAGUCCAACAACACGUGUACAUUUUUUGGUUGCGACAUGCAUACAGUCUUUUCAAAAUAAAGUUCCGUCUUUGCAGUAAACAACUAAGUUAAGUUUAGGAAAAAAACGUGACAUACUUAGUUAGGUUUAGUAAU